GGUAUCCGGUAACUUACAGGCGCAUGUUUUCACGCCUUUGAAAGUUAACUUGCCCGUUCCACUGCCUAGUGUGCUUUCGAAACUACGGAGUGUAGACGUGUACGUGAAUUAUGCGGCUGCCACUUCAUUCCUGUGGAAUUUAGCAUGCUCGACGCCAAAAUCAACUGAGCAGCUCACGGUCUCGUGGACUCCUACGGCGUCGCACAACGGCGAGGUACGCUGGGCGACUGUUUCGGUCACAGUUUCGUGUUAUCUGUAGCUCGCAAUGAGCAAGUCUAAAGAAGCGUCGGUAGAAAAGGCUAUCCUCGACUACGUCAAAGCUCAGAACCGGCCCUACAGCUCCAACGACAUCUUUAACAACCUCCAUAAGGAGCACGGAAAGACUGCCGUAGUGCGAGCGCUGGAGCAACUCGCGCAGGACGACAAGAUCAAAGAGAAGACUUACGGAAAGCAGAAGAUAUACUUCGCCAACCAGGAUGAAUUCCCCAACGUUGCAGAGGCAGAGCUAUCUUCUAUGGACCAAGAGAUCAGCGACCUCAACGCUAAGCACCAGGAGUUGACGCGACAGCUGCAGACCCGGGAGUCGCAGCUGAGCGCAUUGAGUCAGAGCUUGACGACGGAACAGCUCAAAGAAAAGAUCGCGUCCACCACUGCGGAACAUGAAAGGCUGAAAGCGAGACUAGAUAAGCUUACCUCCAAUACGAACUUCGUCGAGCCGGAAGUGAAGGACCGCAUUCUCAAAGACAACGAGACAUUCGUGAAGGAAUGGCGCAAGAGAAAGCGCUUGGCAAACGACAUGAUUGAUGCCAUUCUUGAAGGCUAUCCUAAAGGGAAGAAAGCCCUCAUCGAAGAAACUGGCGUCGAGACAGACGAAGACGUCAAUGUGUCUGUGCCAAAGUAGACAAGGGAAACACGUAUGGUGUUUAAUUGCUAUGUUUAGAAGUUUUUUCCUUCAGUAUUUAUUUCAUGUUGGCGUACGACAAAGUAUUGAAUUAAAGACGAAAACAGUU